CUCUCUCUCUCUCUCUAUAUCUCUCUCUCUCGUUCUGCUAAAGCAACGGGUUUGGAGAAAUGGCGAACGUGGUUCCGGCGAGGUUCAAGAGGGUGGCGGACGCCUUCGACGAGGCGGCGGUGACGCUGAGGGCCCGUCCGCCGUGCGGCAGCAGCAGCGGGAGCGAGCACUCCGCGGCGGCGGCGGAGAGCUUCACGGAUUUGUCCGGUCUGGUGAAUUCCUUCAUGGAGAAGAGUUUGUGGGAGGGAAUUGAGGUGGGCGCCGGCGGCGAUGACGUGGAUCGGGACGAGGUUGAACCGGAAGACGACGUCGAUGAAACUAAGGAUGAUUUGGAGAGGUUGUUGAGCUACGGCGGCGGCGAUGACGACACCAAGAGAAACGUCUUCGAAAAAGUGGAAAAGUCCAUCCGGGAAUCCGGCGACCGCUCUGCGCCGGAGUUUAAACGCCGGUUGAUGGCUCGAUUGCGCUUUAACGGCUUUGACGCCGGUGUUUGCAAGACAAGGUGGGAGAAAAACGGCGGUUGCCCUCGCGGGGACUACGAGUACAUAGACGUUAACGUCAACGGCGGCCGUUACAUCGUGGAGGUUUUCCUCCGGGGAGAAUUCGAGAUAGUGCGGCCAACUGCAAGUUACACUUGCCUGCUAGAAAGCUUUCCGGCGGUUUACGUGGGAACGGAGAAGGAGUUGAAGAAGAUAGCGAGGAUAAUGAGCAGUGCCAUGAGGAAAUCCAUGAAGAAAAUGGGGAUUCACGUUCCGCCAUGGCGGAGACUUGCGUACAUGCAAGCUAAGUGGUUCAGUUCCUACAAACGUACGACUAAUGAAAUCGCUUCAGUACAGGCGGCGGCGGUGGCGGCGCCGCCUUCUAGCUUGUAUAAACACAGGAGAUCGGUUGGAUUCGGUCCUACCCCAGAAAUGUCGUUCAAGUGCAGAGAAGAUUUUGGGGUGAAGAAUGGUUUCAGAAUUGGGAAUUUGGCUGCAGCCUUGAGUGGGAACUAGUUAGAUAUAGAUAGAAUUUGGUUGCAUUGUUGCAUUUUAUUGAUUGAAUUGUGUAUACAUAAAUAUAUUGUUUUUGUCCAUGUA